AUGUUCACGCCGAGAGCAGCGGGGUGCGCGCGGCAUCGCGCCACAGCCGGAUGCGGCCGCUGCGCCGCGUGCCCGGAGACCCUGAGCAGCCUGCGCCUCACCAGCCGCGCCACCCGCGCCUCGCUGGACGGCGCCGUGCGCUGCCUCCGCGUCGGCACGCGCCUCCAGCGCAGGGACGCCUACCUGCUCACAGACCUCGCCGCGGCCGCGCGGCGGCUGACGUCGCUUCGCCUGCUCGACUUCGCCUGCAACCACGAGUCCUACCUCGAGCCCCUCUCCGCCGCGCUGCCGGCGCUGGCGUGCACCCUCGAGACUCUCGUCAUCCGCGAUGUGCGUCUGUUCAACACAACCAGACACGUCCCCACAGACACCCUGGACGCCCGCGGCGCGCGCGCCCUCGCUGGCGUGCUGCUGCGCCUCGCCCGCCUGGCGCGCCUCGAGCUGCACGCGCCGCUGCCCGGCGCCGCGCUGCUGGUGGCGGCCGCCGCGCGCCUGCCGGCGCUGCGGGCGCUGGUGCUGCCGCGGCCGCCGUUCUGCGAGGCGGCCGGGGACGAGGGCGCGUACGCAGCGGCGAUGUGCGGCGCGCUGGCGGCGGAGGAAUGGCUGCGGCUCGAGGGCGGAGUGCCGGGUCUUGGCGCGCCUUGA